CUGGAUUAUGUCUAGAUGUGUCAACAAGGUGGAAUUCAACAUACAAGAUGUUUGAUUCUUGUACUCCCUAUAGGCCUGUUUUUCAUGAAUAUGCAGACUCUGAUAUGAAUUACACGUGGGAGCCUUCUCAUGCAGAUUGGAAUAUGUAUUCCAAGGUGCAACCAAUCUUGACGCAAUUUGCUGAGAUAACUAAGGUGUUAUCAGGAUCUGUAUACCCUACUGCAAGUAUCUUUUACCCUUAUAUAGUGACUGUCAAAAUGGAGAUAGUUGUUGCAUGUCAUUCUAAAGAUAAGCAUCUAUCAGCUAUGGCGUACGCAAUGAUAGAUAAAUUUGAUAAGUAUUGGGCGGAGAAAAACAAUGUUAUGGUUCUUGCUACUGUUUUAGAUCCUAGGUGGAAGAUGAGAUUUGUUGGUUACUGUUUUAGAAAGAUUUAUGGUGAAACCAAGGGCUGUGAGGAGGAAGCUGAGGUUAGAAAGGAGUUGUACAACCUAUAUGACACUUAUGAGGCUGAGUAUCGCCAAAAGAAUUCUGCUACUCAAAAUACUGGAGGUACGUCUUUGAGUAUGCAAUCAAGGGCAUCAACAACCACAGUACGACCAAGUGGUUUUCGGAACUAUCUACAAGCAACAGCUACAGAAGCAUCUAAAUCAGAAUUGCUCCUCUAUUUGGAUGAAGCAAAUGUAGAUCCCGAAGACACAACAUUUGUGUUACUUGAUUGGUGGAAGGUGAAUGCUCAUAGGUUCCCCGUUAUAUCCAAGAUGGCACGUAGAUUGUUGACUAUACCCGCUACUAGUGUUUCUUCCGAGUCAACUUUCUCUACAGGAGGUAGAAUCCUUGAUGAUUACCGGAGUUCUCUACGUCCAGCAAUGGUCGAGGCAUUAGUAUGUGCCUCUAGCUUCAUACGAGGUUCACACCAGGACAAUCAACCACCAAUAAUAGUGGAUGAGAAGGAGGAUGUUGAAUUCAUACCAUUUCCUAAGAGUGAGGUGGCAAGCUCUUGAAUGACAAGUUUGCUGCCUAAUCUAUUUCUUGCUAGUAGGUUGUAAUUAUCAAAUUCUUAUAUGUUUGAUUGGUAAUAGCUAUUAAUUAUCGAAAUCUUAUCUAGUUUGGCAUUUCAAUUUGCACAGGUACUCAAAAUAAAUGUAUAUGGGAUGCUGGACAUGUGGGAGUGGAAGACCUUUUGGAGUUUUGGUAGAUGCUAGCAGCAUGUGAUGGAUGGAUGAUUGAUCAUCAACAAUUGAACAUUGAUGCCGCAGCUGCAACUUAUGCUUAAUUUCCUAUCUCUCUAUGAAUUGUGGUCUGUGCCCUUUAAUGUAAUGCGAACCUUGGAAUAUUAUGCUGCAUGAAUUUUCGACUGUUAAGCUACCUACAAUGUGAUAGUGGACUUUUAUGUGGAUUUUUAAGUACUUCUGGUUUCUGUACACGUUUUUGUCACAAGUGUGAAUAUUGUGGUCAUGCUGCCUUGCUGUUGUGACAAGGAAAUUGCAUCUGUUUGGUGAUGUAUAUGUUUAAUAUAUACAUACUAAUUUUUAUCAUAAUGUAGGUUUUAUGGACAUUUAUUUAACGAGCUUAACAAGCUAAACGAGCCAGCUCGCGAGUUAUACGAGUCGAGCCAAUCUUGAAUUUGAACUCGUUAUAGUAACGAAUCGAGUCGAGCUAGCUCGUUAACAAAACGAGCUUUAGCGAGUCGAGUCGAGCUGGCUCGACUCGGCUCGAAUUCCAGCCCUAGUACCAAUGGUAGCUUGUACUUUCACAUUACAUUGUUUGCUUUCACACUGUCCACUUUCUAGUAAGAAAUAGUGCCUACUUUCUUUGGAGAAAAAAAACAUUGUCCACACUACUACAUGUCCAAAACAUCAUUUGUUUAUCGGUCCCACCAAGCUGAUUCUUUACUUUCCGCAUUAUCUAGUCUUCUCGACUUCUCAGUUCUUCAGACAUGUUUUUUUAGCUAGAGACCUUAUAACAAUUGUUAUAUACUAAUUUGCACUAAAAGCAAUUAAAGAUGUAUGUACAAAAGGGGUCAAAAAGAAAAGGAGAUGGCCAAGCCCAUCUAACCAAUGCCUACUCUUGGAAACAUGUCUAACUCAAGGAUCUUUCAGACUACGAAAGUGUGGCAAUCCGGUCU